GUGGGAAGUCUUGCGAGCCGGAGCUAGUAGCGGAGCCGCACGUAGUUUUCGAAAGCGCCCAAUUGGUGACCUUUCUGUUGUUGAACACGAAAACUUCAAUCCAAACAGCUUCAACAGUUGUCGUGCAUACACUUUGGAUAGAGUGCGUUAGAAAUAUACAUUAGUGCCAAAUAGACGAUACACAGGAAAAUGAAGCACCGUUGUAUAGCGUGGUGCUUUACGAUUGUUGUCGUGCUGGCCAUUGCUUUGAUACCAGCUGCAGAAUCGACAUUACAACCGAAAGCACCAAAUUUCCAAUAUUUUGAAAGACCAAAGUACCGGUAUCCUUAUUACGAUGAAAAUGGCAAAGGAAAGCUCUUGUACGGUUACGGAGGACCGGAGUUGUACCAAUACAAAAGCUUCUCACCGCUGGAUGGCAUACACUAGGAGUCUACUGAAAGAAACGUUGAGCCGAAAAGCGAUGUCGUGUUAUCAAGUUGAUUAAAUCCUGUUGUCUGUUUCCCAAAGUCGCUUAGUUCACAUCACGUUAUUUGUAGUCAUCAUACGUUGUAAGAGUCGUGAAUAGGUCAUCCGACGGUUCAAACUAGCAUAAAUGGCCGGAUAGCAGCAAUUUUCAAAGACUUCAUGAUAAUUAUUAGUGUGCAAAGAAAAGCUGCA